AUGUUUUUUAAUGACACUACAAGUUAAUAAUAAAUUGCUCUUACCCCUGAUUCAAAAAUCACAGAGAGAGUGAAAAUUCCUUAAACUUAAACUAAACAAUAAAUCAUUGAACAUCAUUAAAGUAUUAAUAAAUUGCUUGAGAAAAUGAAUGAAACUAUUGGGAGAAUAUUUAAAACAAAAGAAGAUGAAUUACGAGGGAAUAUAAAAUAAUAAAUUGAUGAAGCAUAAGCAUAAGUAAUAUAAUUGACUAAUGAAACUACAGAAGAUUAAGUACAACGUAAAUUGAAAGAGAAAAGAUAAGAAAUUGAAGAAGAACGAUAAAAAAUAUUAUAAUCAUCAAUGGAAUUCUCUAAUAAAUGUAUUGAAUAUAAGAAUAGUCUAAGCAAAGUUAUGACUACAACUAAAGAUCUAAUCUCAGAAAUUCAAUUUCUAGACACUUAAUUAAUGAGUGCUAAAAUUACUAAUUAAUAAUUAAAGAAGUAAUUAGAAAAUAUUUAAACUAAUACUGUUAAUUAAGACUAUUUUAGUCAUGAAUCAACAUAUAGAUAACCAGAAAUACCAGGAAUGGAUAUUGAAGGAGUUAAUGAACAAUAUUAAAAGGCAGAAUAAGAAUUAAUCAAAACUAAAAAGAUUUAUGAAAAUAUUGAAUAAGUCAAAUAAGAUUAAGCAUUUGAAGAAAAUUAAAUUGAAAAAAUAUUCUUGGUAUUUUAUCCAAAUUUUAUUUUAUAGGAAUGUGUUUAAAAAGUUAAGUAACAUAAACUUAAUACUGAAAUUUAAAAAGUGUAACAGUAGAGUAAAAAUCCUAGACAAUUACUUAAACCAAUAUAAUCAUUGAAAUAAUUUCAUAAACAAACAGAAGCAUUAAAUUAACAAGACUUUAUAUUUUCAGAUAUAGAAUUCAAUGAUAUUCAUAAGAAAAUGAUAUUCGAUGAAUUUUUAUCAAGAAAUGAAAUCAAAGCAUUGAUUUACAAUUUGCUAUGA